CACGCCACAUCACCGCAUCACCAACACUGCAACGGCACGCUCUUCCACCUCCGACAUGCGACAGCAGCAGUCGACAACUUGCUGCUGAUCACGCCCAAGAGAUGCCCCUGCGCCACACCUGCACAUAGUCCCAAUGGCUCAGUCGUCCGACGUCGUGCGCAGCGCGCCCGCGCGCCCCUCGCGGAAUCCAGCCACCGCCAACGCUUCCAACCAGAGCAGCAAUCCCGUUACAAAAGUCCUCGCCCUUCCACCACGGUUCCUGCACAUGUACAGCGACUUCAUUGCCAAGAAUUCUGGCCAGGUCUCGCAGAUUGAGAGCGCGCUGCGGUCCCUUACCUACGUCAUUCCGGGCCGCUUCCGCGAUGCAGAGAUCGCAUCGGAAACCCUUCACUCGGGCGUGCAGCUCCUCACACUAUAUCACGAUGCCCUGUUGCGGCGCGCCGCCGCGAAGAACCCUGCGGGCGCGGCAAAUCGUCCCGCGCCGACACCACAUGCGCGCUACACACAGUUCUGGAUCAACAAGAGCGGUGUCUACCGACGAGUAGCGUUGCUGCUGCAGGUUGUGCAGUACACUGAGCUCCUAUGGGAAAUGGCUGCCGCGCGGCGCGGGCAGAAGAUCCGUUGGCGCGUCGUCAUUGUGCUGGAAGUCAUCAAGGCUGUCUGCCGUUUGCUGCUCAUGCGCAUCACGCACUCCCGCCCCAUCAUGACCCCGGCACUGCCUGAGCGCGAGCCGAUCGUGCCGAGCAAGGAGGAAGAGGAGGAUGACGGCGCGGCUCUGCGCGAGCUCAUGGGCGAGGACGACGAUGACAACGUCGCGCUGCUGCGGCCCAUGAACGGCCACAGCAAGCCGGCGCACGAGAAGGAGUGGAAGAUGCCGCGCACACAGAGCAGGCUGCCCAGUCUCCCGAACCCAAGCGACAUCAGCUCUUAUCUGCAGAGCCGGGUCCUCCGAGCAGACGAUAUCAAGCCUGCCGCCAAGCUCCUGAACAGCUUAUCAGCAUCCGGCCAGGCGGCCGAGAGCCUGCACAUCCUCGCCCCUCUCAUCUACGCGAUAGCCCUGUCAAGGAGCAAAGACAAGAAGUCGUGGACGCCGUGGAUCAUUGGCCUCACCGUCGAGUAUGCCGCGCGGCAGCUGCGCGACGGCAGCCUGCGCACCACCACGCUCGAGCAGGAGGAAUGGGGCAAGAGGAGAUGGGGCAGUGCCUGGUGGCUCAUGCGCGGCGCCUUUUACCAGAACGUCACCAAGGGUCUCGUUACUGGCGUGCGGUCACGCAUGCCCAGCUUUAUUGGGACCAUCAUGGAGGACUAUGAGUAUUUGUGGGAAAACUACUACUUCAGCACGGCAAGCUCGAGCUGAGGGGGGCUAUUCAUGUGAUCUGGAAAUGGCGAGAGACGAGUGUACUAUAAUGGGGCGGUGCUAUGUUAAUGCGGCCGACUCGACUAGAAUUAGACGAGAGGGAGCCCUAGAGCUUUUCUUUGUAUAUACCGAAGCCGGCGUUCUUGGGUUUCUUGUUGCCACUUAUCAUCUGCGCAGUGCAGCAAUUAUGACGAUGCCAGAGAUUCUGUACUGACAGUAUCUAAUUACUGAACAAUGCCCUGGCAGAGACGGCGAAAUGAGGGAUGGAGGCCACUCGUCACGUUGAUACUGGGUGAUAUACACCAAUUAAUUAGAGAUACACCAAGACUUCAGAACUCGAGAGUCCGCGGGCUAUCUACCUGAGUUGAGUCUGCAGAUCUGCUCAACCUGGUCCCCCUUGUUGACAGACCAGCGAUGAGGGCUUCAGUGAAGCCGUGUCCAG